AUGGAAAAUGAAAAUACAGAAGAAACACAGAGAAUCAUACCCUCGUUCCUGAGAAAACCAGAGCAAAACUCUCCUAUGGUAACUCACAAGUCUUUGCAUGUUUUCCGGCGAAGCCGAAUAAGGAGGUUGAGAGAGGGUAACAGGGAACUGAAGAUGCAGCAGAUUAAGGAAGUGACAACUGUGAAGGAAGUGAAUGUGAAUGGUUGUGAAUGUCUUGUCAAAGAAGAUGGAGAAGAAGAAGAUGAUGAUAGGGAAGAGGUAGAGAGUAAGAUUCAUGCAUUGCAGAGGAUUGUGCCUGGUGGGGAAUCAUUUGGUGUUGACAAGCUUUUUGAUGAAACUGCUGGGUAUAUAGUGGCCUUGCAGCAUCAAGUUAAAGCCUUGAAGGCUCUUGCUGGUUUCUUUGAAAAGUUGGAGAAGGAGAAGACAAAGUUUGGAGGUUGA